AUCAGUUAAUGUGUGCUCCAGGAAUACAAACUGAUAUGAAAAAUGACUUAUGGUAGAUGUAGUUAAGACAGUCAAUAUAUUUUAACAUUAGAAAAUACAGUCAGUCCUUCGUAUCCAUGGGUUUUACAUCCAUGGAUUCAACCAACCUGAGACUGAAAAUAUUAGGGGAAAAAAAUACAUCUGUACUACACAUGAACAAACUUCUCUUUCUUGUCAUUAUUCCCUGAACAACACAGGAUAACAACUACUUACAUAGCACUUACAUUAUAUUAGGUAUUAUAAGUAAUCUAGAAAUGACUUAAAGUAUAUGGGAGGAUAUACAUAGGUUAUUUGCAAAUACUACACUAUUUUAUAUGAGAGACUUGAGCAUUCGCAGAUUUCGGUAUCCACAGGAGGUCCUGGAACCAAUCCCCUGUGGAUACCAAGGGACUGCUAUGUAUUACAAAGCCACGUGCUUUAGAAUUACUUCAGUGGUUCCUUCUAUUUUCAUUAACACUGAUAUCUAGUUUAAUAUGAAAAGGAACUUGAAAUCUUGAAAAUUAGAACAUUGUUAUUUUUUUCUACUUGCAAUGGAAAAUCUAUUUUGCUUUUUUGCUUCUAGGAAAAUAUUCUGAUUAUGAUAUGUGAUACAUAUGUUGGCUACUCAAAGUCAGAACUUUUCAAAGUAAUCAGUAAAUUGAAUCAGCAGAAAAAUAUUCAUUACCUCAGGGAUGCAUUAAUAAAGUUUUUAAAUUCAAAGUGUAUAGAAAAAUCAAGCUUAGUAAUACUUUAAUAUUAUUCUACCAAUGUAUUUUUUUUAAUUAAGACUUCUGUAUGCAGCAGGGCAUGGUGGCACACCUGUAGUCCCAGCUACUAGGGAGGCUGAGGCAGGAGGAUUACUUGAGCCCAGGAAUUCAAGCCUGGGCAACAUAGAAAUCAAUGAAAAUUCUCUUAAAAGGUUAAGUGUCUACCUAGAAAACCUCCAGAAACCAGGCUUCAAGUCUUUGAAACCAACUCAGCUUACAUUUUAUGUAAGAGAAACAGACCAGAGUUCCUCCGAUGGCCAGGAACCUUUUAGUACUUCCGGAUUUCGAGCAGUCAAAUUUACUUUGCACACCAGAGAUCUGCUAAGCACAGUGUUAUAUAUUCUCAACUCCUGCAGUUUAUCUGUUGAACAUAUCCAAAGCUUGAAUACUAAUGUGCAUACCCAGCCUCUCAAAGAAGCUAAAAGGAUGCCUGACAGGCCCAUCAAAUGGGACAAGUCUUAUUACUCCUUUACUGGAUUCAAGGACCCUGAUGAAGACCUUGAACAAGUCUCGAGAGUGGAAACAACUCUCACAUCCUGGUUAGAUAACAAUGGGAAAAGUGCUGUUAAAAAGCUAAAGAACAGUUUGCCACUUAGAAAAGAACUAGAUCGUUUAAAAGAUGAACUGUCUCAUCAAUUGCAACUCUCAGAUAUCAGGUGGCAGAGGAGCUGGGGCAUCGCCCACCGCUGUAGCCAGCUGCAUAGUUUAAGCCGCUUAGCACAGCAGAAUUUGGAAACACUUAAAAAAGCAAAAGGGUGUACAAUCAUAUUUACAGACCGUUCUGGCAUGAGUGCAGUGGGCCAUGUGAUGCUAGGAACAAUGGAUGUCCAUCACCACUGGACAAAACUUUUUGAAAGAUUGCCAAGUUAUUUUGACCUUCAGAGGAGGCUGAUGAUUUUAGAAGACCAAAUAAGCUAUCUUUUAGGUGGCAUACAAGUUGUUUAUAUUGAAGAAUUACAGCCAGUAUUGACACUUGAAGAAUAUUACUCUCUUCUUGAUGUGUUUUAUAAUAGACUGUUGAAAAGUAGAAUACUAUUUCACCCUCGAAGUUUGCGUGGUUUACAAAUGAUCCUUAACAGUGACAGAUAUGCUCCAAGCUUGCAUGAACUCGGGCAUUUUAAUAUUCCAACACUCUGUGAUCCAGCAAAUCUCCAGUGGUUUAUUCUCACCAAAGCUCAGCAGGCAAGAGAGAACAUGAAAAGAAAGGAAGAGUUAAAGGUUAUUGAAAAUGAAUUGAUACAGGCAUCAACAAAGAAAUUUUCUUUGGAGAAGUUAUAUAAAGAGCCCAGCAUUUCUAGUAUACAAAUGGUGGAUUGUUGUAAGAGACUUCUAGAACAAUCACUGCCUUACCUACAUGGGAUGCACCUCUGCAUUUCACAUUUUUACUCUGUUAUGCAAGAUGGAGACCUUUGUAUUCCUUGGAAUUGGAAGAAUGGAGAAGCCAUUAAGUAACACAGAAAUCUGUUUUAUUUUUUUAAGAGAUAAGAAAGGAACUUAAAUUAAAAAUAUUUAAAUCCACAAUUUGAUAUAACAGUAUUAUUUACAUAUCAUAAGAACAAAGUUUCUAACUGCUGCUUUAAAAGUAGACUUUUUUAAAAAAAUUAAUUUCUGCUAGGAGAGGUUUUAUAGGCCAGGCGUGGUGGCUCAUGCCUGCGGUCCCAACUACUUAGGGAGGCUAAGAUAGGAGGAUCACUUGAGCCCAGGAGGCCAAGGUUGCAGUGGGCCCAGAUUGCACCAUUGCCCUCCAGCCUGAGCAACAGAACAAGACCUUGUCUCAAAAAAUAAUAAUGAUAAUUUAAAAUAAAUAAGUAACUAAUAAAAAGAUUUUAUAUCCCAGUCUUAUGAUGUUGGUUGGCAAGGCUAGAUAAAAAGAUGUUAGAAUGAAAGAACAUAUUUUUAGUGAUAUGUAAAUGAAGGAUUCUACAAUAGUCAUAUAUUUUUAUAUGAAUGAAUGUUGGGUUGGGCUGGAGAGGUAUGUGUGUGUAAAUAUAAAGGUCUCACAUUCAGAGUAUAGCUCUGAAAUAAUGGAACUCAUGUCUACAAUUCAACAUGCAUCUGUAUAGUUACAUCUCAUGUAAAUAUACACAGACAUAUUUUGCAGCCAGUAAUUGACAGUUAAUGUCCAAAACAGGUGAUUGAUAGGUAGCAGAAAUUAGAUAACCACCAAUUUUGCCCAAGAGAAAGACUAGAAGGACUAAAAGCAGUUGAAUGUAUGGUACUGACAUUGUCAUAAGCAGUCUGAUAACCAGUUUAUUGAAACAUGUGCAUUAACAGAGAAUUUAAUUUUAAACCCAUAAUUUCUCCUAUCCAUUAAAAUAUUAUAAUUGUUGGUAGUAUGAAACCAACAGGAAAUGUUUUUGAAUCAUUUAGUGAGGUGAUUCAUUUGUUUCAUGGGCAAACACUAUCCAGGAAAAGCCUUGCUUGCCUGUUUCCCAAAGAGCUCUAAGAAAUAGAAUCAAGUGUAAAAUGGUUCAGACCAUUCAGGAUUUCUUGUCACUCUUCUCAACCCCGAUCUUCCUGUUAUUACUGAUGUUUGAAACCCUGUCAUUAGCCCCGGCCUGGUUAAAGCCCCUCAGAGUCACCUCUCAUUCAUAGCAAUAGAAUUCAACCCCAAGUGGUUGAUGGUGUCCCCAGCACAGCCGAGAGACCUGAUCUCUGGAUUCAGCGCUUUUAGCUCUUCGAGUUUACCCUAAGAUACCUUCGGGCAAUAUUUUUAACCAACCCAAAAGCUCUUCAGGUCAUUUCUGAAGAGGACAAGGUGAAUCUUGGCUUGGAACACCAUUUUUGGGCUCUUGCUGCUGAAUGAAUCAGAAAGGAAUUUUUUCUGAAGAGCAUUAGAAAGUAAAGGAGAUGUUAAAAUAAGUUCUUGAAGUAUGUUUUAUAUUUAUCUAAAACACUGAUUAUUUUAAAAGUUUACAUUCAAAUGUGUAUUCAAAAGAAGUACUGAUUUGUAAUUAUUAUAGUUUGUGUGUAUCAUCCCUUUUAACCGUGCCUAACAACUAUACUUAAAUUUUGUUUUCUAGUGUAACAAAUGUUUCCCAUAAGAUUUUCUAGAGCCAAAUAAUGGGAGUGAAAAAUUCCUUAAGUGUUAUGUAAGAAAAUAUAUUAGAAAAUCAGGUUUGGAUUAUACGAUUUCUAAAAUAGACUAAUACAGAAUCCCCAGUAAUAUGUUUUGAAUUGGAUUUUUUCUCAGAACUGUUACAUAAUAAAUAAUACAUCAACCAGAUAA